AUGCAAGCCCUUUCAUCGCAUAGCGCAGGCUCCUUCAAGUGGGACUAUCCCCAGUGCAAUGCGCAGGCUUAUCAGACGCAGGAUCUUGUGAACCUAGCUGCUAGCAACAGUCUAGACGGCGGGGGAGGGCAAGGGCAAGGGAAGCCGGGAAGCCACCGAGGGAUGCGUGCACGAGGCCGUGGACAACAACAACAACAACAACAACAACGACAACAACAAGCAACAAGACGCAACAAGACGAAGAAAGGCAAGUAG